AUGAGUAUAACCCUAGAAAGGGCAUGUCAGCAAUCACAUUCUCAUCAUACCCAAGGAAUUUCGGGUAUGCAAUCCACUCUAGUAUCUAAGUCUAUGUCGUUACAUUCAAGACCUGUCAACACAACGCCUUAUUUCGAACUUUCUAACCAUUCAGCAUGCGAACGCACGAAGUCUAAAAUUAACAGUUUUAACCUUUCUCCGCCUGUUGAAACAAGGCUGGAACUUGGGACACAAGAAAAUGAUGAGUAUGAGUCCCACGAUGAUGAUAUGAAAAUGGGAUCGGUGCGACUAUCGCGGCACAUUCCCCAAAGAGAAGGGAUGGAUAUGUCGCUCUCAGCUUUCAAUUUAAUAUGCAAUAUUUCAAAUUCCACCUACACUGGACCCACAGCUUCGGAGAUGUCGCAUCCUCAUGGCUCAUCCGUUCCUAUAUUCCUUGAUACAGCUACUCGGCAAGCUUUUUCAGUGUCCUCUACGCACACGCCUGUCGUUUCUUCAACUCUCACAAGCUUUUCAGCAGACUCACAUAUUUCAGAUGAUGAUCAUUACGCGGCCUCAAUUUACAAUGAUAUACUUGCCGAAAACCUGGCACUACACGGUGACAGUAAGUCCGGGGUCGCUCCAACUGGAAAAAAUAUUGACACGGAAGAGAACACAGGCUUAGGUCUUUUACACACUACGUCUGGUCGGCGUGGUAUUGGCGGUGAUGUAUUUCGUUUUGGCGUGAAUGCCUUUCACCAUAGAACCGGGAGCAGUUGCACAUCGAAGGGAGAUCAUAAUCGAAUAUCCUCCGCGGCGUCUCCCUGUCGACUGGAACUGUCAUCCCCGUCGUCAUUUUCAACGCGCAGAAAUCUAGCGAUUCGGCACUCUUUACACACUUCGUCGAGCUCUGGUCGACAACAGCGAGUACUAUUCACGAACCCUGAACGUAUUUUGGAUGCUCCGGGUUUUACCGAAACUGCUGCCCAGCUCAUUGACUGGGGUAGUAAUAAUAAGUUAAUUAUUGGCCUCAAGGACAGCCUCUAUUCCUGGGACGCGGAAUCCCGCACGGCGGCGAAAGUCCUUCAGCUGCAAGGCGAAAUGUGCAUCGGUAAUGUACAUUGGCUUCAUCGGUGUACCUGUAUUGCUCUCAGCACAGGCGGCGGCACAACAGCGAUUUAUGACUGUUGUAGUGGUAAUUUUGUCCGAGCGCUGCGCCUGCCUGCGGGGAUGGAAGUGACGUGCCUAGAUGUCAACGGACCUGUCCUCGCGGUGGCCUCGAACGGACCCACGGGUUGUACACAGGUGUUCGAUCUCCGCGCGAAGAACGCGCUGAUCGCCAGCUAUGAGGGCCACUCUGGACCAGUCAAAACCAUGCAGUAUUGCACAGCAGAUCCAUUUUAUUUAGCAACCGGAGGCAAAGAAGGUGACGUAUGUAUCUGGGAUUCUCGCCGCACAAAUCAAUUACGUUAUGCCUUUGAUGAAGUCCACAGAGGUCCCGUCUCAGCCAUUUGCUGGAAUCCUGAGAAAAGGAACAAACUCUUCACAGGUGGGAAGGAUGGUGUGCUGCGGUUGAUUGAUACCCAUGCAACACCGCGAACACAGGAAAACCAUCCCAUAGGAGGUGGAUAUGGCUAUUUUUCUCGACCGAACAUCUCAAGCUACGUGACCCAAGCAGUACAAACGCGAUAUCCCAUCUCAGGUAUCAUUGCACAAGGGGAGGAGGUGCUGACGUCACACGAUAAAAAAGGCCAGUUACAGCUCCGAAAAGUGUCAAACAUCCAUCUUACAGGUGUCUUCAGUGCCUUGGAUUGUACCGCCGGACUCAGUUGCAUGGUUCUGGCCCCCGAUCAAGAAUGCGUGUGCGCAGCACAAAGUAACGAAACGAUUAAGUUCUGGAGGGUGUUUAACAAAGGCGUUAAUAAACAAAGUUCUCAAGAAUUCGAACGAGAGGCAGGGUCUGAUUCUUAUCUUUAUGAACAACUUCGCUGA